AAUACGUCCGAAAGAGAUAGUUAUAUAGGCAUUUUUUAGCUGAUUGAUUGGAAUGUUAGUCUACCCACUUGACCCGCUAAAAUUUUGUUUAUUAUCUACCAUUCACAUAAUAGGCAAUAUCACCAACACCCCUCCGAUAGUGUGAAACCCAAAUUUCCCGAUAAAAUUUAGGGCACUUUGCAGACCAUUUUGCCCUUCAAUUCCUCUUCUUCUUCGUUGUGGCAUCACCCCCAAAUUGAAGUGAUAGCUCCAACACUUGAGUUUCUCCAACUGUGGCCAUAAGAGGACGAUCGAUUUAGAGGCGAAGGUAUUAGCGUAGAAAUGACAAACGAACUAACUCAGACUAAGGUUGCACGUCGGCGGAAAGAGCUAUCAUACUUCAUGCUAGUGCUAGAGGAGAUAAUUACGAGCCAUCGCUUGAAUAUGUUGGUUAUUUGGAUGUUAAUCUCCAUUAUCAUAUCCAAGAAGACCAAAAAAACUAGAAGGUUUUGGACAAAUAGGUUUUCAUUGCUCGAGCGCAUUCCAACGAAUGUACACCAUAUCAACAGAUUGGUUGGUGUAACUGAUAGGUCCUGCAUGGAUAAUCUACGCAUGGAUAGAAACACAUUCGGUCGACUAUGUCGUUUAUUGAAUGAUGUCAGUGGUCUUGUGGAUAAGAAAUUUGUCACCGUUGAAGAAAUGGUAGCAAUGUUCUUGGGUAUACUAGCUCACCACAAUAAAACUCGUGUGGUUGGUUUCCAUUUCCUCCGCUCAUCGCAGACCGUUUCUCGCUACCUGCACGUUGUCUUAUAUGGAGUGCUAAAGCUUCAUGAGAUUUUGCUAGUGAAACCUGAACCUGUUGAUGAAAAUUGCACCGACGCAAGGUGGAAGUGGUUUAAGGGUUGUCUAGGAGCAUUGGACGGGACAUAUAUCAACGUUCGUGUUCCUACCACAGAUCUUCCCAGAUAUCGCAAUAAGAAAUGACAAAUAGCCACCAAAACAUUGGCUCUAUGUGACCGUCGUCUAAGAUUUGUCUAUGUGUUACCUGGGUGGGAGGGAUCUGCUGGGGACUCGAGGAUAUUGCGAGACGCGCUCAGUAGACCACUUGGCUUCAAAGUACCAAGAGGAUAAUACUAUUUGUGCGACAACGGGUAUGAGAAUAGUGAAGGCUUUAUCACUCCAUACAAAGGAGUUAGAUACCAUUUGAAAGAAUGGGGACCCUCUUGUCAUGCCCCUCAGACACCGGCAGAAUUGUUCAACAUGCGCCAUACCAAGGCUCGGAACAUCAUAGAGCGCGCCUUUGCUGUGAUGAAAAUGCGCUGGGGGAUUCUUCGCAGUUCAAGCUUUUAUCCAAUUGAUGUGCAAACAAAUCUUAUUAAUGCUUGUUUUUUGCUCCACAAUUUCAUUCGCGGUCAAAUGGAGAUUGAUCCUCUUGAAGUGCAAAUGGAUAGCCAAGGGGAUGAUGGCAGUCGAUCUGAUCCUGAUGAUGAUCGAGUGGAUUUCAUACAGAGCAUCGAACCUACCACCGCAUGGGCUAAGAAGAGAGAAGAUUUAGCAGCUGAAAUGUGGCUUGAUUUCAAUGCAUAAUUUGUUGAUGAAACUGUUCUACUUUAGAACUUGUUUUCAUUUUGAUUUUAGGAUUUUCGAUAUAUUCCUGAUGGUACUUUGAAAUAGACAGAAUUUUAUAUGCACUAGUUGAUUUUAUGGAA